GUAGUCGACUUUGGGAACAUCCCAUUCGCACUUUUCAGGCUUCAGGAACAGAUCGUUCUCCUGAAGGCGGCGAGAACCUCGCAUGAGGAUGUCAUCCAGGUAUACGAGGACUUUGCCACCGAUGAUGAGAUCAUGGAAGAUCUCGUUCAUCAUUGCCUGGAAAGUUGCGGGAGAAUUGGUGAGGCCGAAGAACAUUACCAGGGGUUCGUACAGUCCCCGGUUAGUCACGAAGGCCGCUUUCCAUUCAUCACCGGCCUUGAUCUGGACAUUGUUGUAUCCCCAUUG